AUGGGUAAUAACAUAUCAAGUACAGCUACUUCAAUAGCGACUGCCGGCAUUGAUAGCUACGUUAGUGAACUUGGGGAUAUAGAAUAUGAAAGAAGCUUAAGUAGUGCACGUUUCAUGAAAACAAUACGUGGGCGCCAUAAAGAAGGGCUUGUCGUUAUAAAAAUUUUCAUAAAGCCCGAGCCUGGUUUGUCUUUGGCGAACGUGGUUAAAUCGCUUCAAGACGAAAGAGAUGCAUUGUCUGAAGUCCCUAAUGCAUUCUCAUAUCAAAGAAUAAUUGAAACAGAGAAGGCUGGAUAUCUAAUAAGGCAGUAUUUUUUUAGUAGUCUUUACGAUCGUAUAAGCACACGUCCAUUUUUGAAUUGCAUCGAAAAAAAAUGGAUAACAUAUCAAAUUCUGUGCGGAGUACACGAUGCUCAUACUCGAGGGAUUUAUCAUGGAGAUAUCAAGACAGAAAAUAUUCUUGUCACAUCAUGGAAUUGGGUAUAUUUGGCUGAUUUCGCAGGAUAUAAACCGACAUACCUUCCAGAGGAUAAUCCUGCUGAUUUUUCAUUCUUCUUCGAUACAUCAUCGCGAAGAACUUGUUAUAUUGCUCCAGAAAGGUUUUAUAAACCUGGUAGUGAAAUUGACAGAAGAAAGAGUGAACUUGAGUUUGGAGAAAAAGACGGUGCUAUUACUCCUGCUAUGGAUAUAUUUUCUUUAGGUUGCGUGAUUGCAGAGCUUUUCUUAGAGGGUACACCAAUAUUUUCUCUAGCUCAAUUAUUCAAAUAUAGGACUGGAGAAUAUGAUCCAGGUGUUUAUCUAGAAAAAAUUGAGGAUGCAGACAUAAGGGCUAUGGUGAAACACAUGAUCCAUGUAGACCCUUCACAACGAUAUACUGCAGAACAAUACUUACAAGAAUG